AUGACCCUUUUCCAACGACUUGCCAAUAAAGAAUUUAAUGAUGACGAUACAAGAAUUAUCGAAAGACUUUGUGAAUUAGCCAAAACAACAGUUGAUGGAGCUAUAAGUCAAAUGUUUCUCUAUUUACCCGAUCUAUUUCGUGUUCGUCAAGAAGAAUUUUUUGCUGCAUUCAAUGAUAUUAAUCAUCGAGCUGAACGAGAUGCCUAUCAAGUUGGUCAUAUACGUCCUAGAUAUACAUGGCCAAUAUCAUUUCUUACUUGUACAUCUAAUCUACGACAAUUUGUCAAUCAAUGGAUUGAAAAAGAAUUAUCCAAUAAAAUAAAAACCAAAUGUCUUAUUUUAAUUGGACCAGCUAAUACAGGAAAGACAACGUUUGCUCGAGCGUUACCAGGUUUUUAUAAUUAUUAUGAUGAUGCAUGGAAUCCUGAUGCUUUCAAUCCAUAUGCACACUAUACUAUAUAUGAUAAUUUACCUUGGGAUGAAUUUGAAAAUAUCGGUUAUCCAGACAAGAAACAUCUUUUUCUUCAAGGUGGUCGAAUUCAUACAAUUAACAAUCGAGGCAAACCAACUAUUGUUGAAGUUUAUCAACCUGCUAUUAUACUUCUUAAUUAUGAAAAUCAAGGUUCAUUAGAAGAUAUACCAAGUACUACCAAUCCAAUUGACCAAGACAAUGAUAAUAAUUUCUGGAAUCAACAUGCUUGUAUUUAUCGUAUGAUAAUUAUAUCUAUAUUACAGCUUCAACAAACAAUUACAACAAAAAAAAGUGUUAUUAAUUAUAAUAGUGCGAUGGAUCAAGAUACAUCUAGAAAUUCGAAUGCAAAUCAUGAACAAAUUCAAGAAAGAAUGUCUGUCGACGAUCAUGAUGAUAGUGAUAAUGAUAAACAUCGUUCUCGCGUUAAUAUAUCUACUCAUUCAAAAAAACGACCAAAGAAAAAAACUAUUCCACAGCAAGAUACUUUGUCUUCGACAAAAUUAGCUCUUUCAAAAGCAUUAAAUAUUGACUUUAAUAUAAAUCCUGACUAUCUUUCAAAAGGAAAUCAAUCACUCGAGAAAAAAAUUCAUUCAAUUUUACCAUCCACAAUUAAUAUUGAAGAAUCAAGAAUGAUUGCUUUACAGAUGUAUAAAAUUAUUUCAAUUGAAUUAGUUCAAUCGUUAUGGGAUAUUUAUCAAAAAUCAUGUACGGGUAAUUUACAAUCGACAUUAUCUAUUAGUCAUAUGGAUGAUCAAAUUGAUACGAAAAUUUGUCCAACAGAAAUAAAAUCUUACAUGAAAUUAUGUAAAUUUCAAACUGAAAAAAAUGAUAUUCAUCCAUAUUUAACUUUUGUUAAUCAUUGUUUACAUGAUUUUAAAGAUCAAAGUGGACAUUAUCAUAAACAAUUGAAUAUGAAAGCCGGUCGUUUAGUUGGUUAUACACGUAGUCUUGAACAUGUUAUUGAAAAAUUUGUUCAACAAGGAUUGAUUUGUAAGCGCAUCGAAAUUGAUCGUGAAAUUGCUUUAGUUCAAUAUCAUUAUACGGAUGUAUUACUAAAACGUACUUUUCUUGUGCAAAAUCCUAAUGAAAAUCAAAUUAAAGCAGUAAAAUAUCUUUGUAAACUUCAAUAUAAUCAAGAAAUGACAAAACAUGAAGCAAAUUUUUUAAAACAACAAAUUCCAAAUUAUAUUGCAUCUCAUGUAUUUGAAAAGGAACAAUCUAUUGGUCAAUUUCCAUUACUUAAUGAUAUUAAUGAUCCUAUUCUACGACAACAAUUGUAUAAACAAUACAAAGAUACUGCAGAACAAGCAAGAAAUAAGAUGAUGAAUAUUUAUUUAGAAUGUGCUGAAAGACAACGAGAUCAAUGUCAACAAAAGUAUAAGAUGGAAAUAAAACAACUAUGGGAUAAUGAAAAAACUCUUCCGUCUGAACUACGACUAACAACAAUUAUGAAAAAUAUAAUUGAUCAACGUGUUGCUAAUAUUACAGCACGUAUUGAAUGUUUAUACAAAUUUAAAAUUCAAUUAUAUCAUUCAAAACCUAAUAUAUAA